UUCGUUUCUUCAUCCACUGUCUCAUCGGUAGUCCAAAAAUGCUUUCUGGGUCCUCUGUAUUGGUAGUAUUAUUAAUCGCGAAAUCUGUGCUAGGCAGUAUCGAGGGUAACUCCGGAGAUUGGCAGGGGAUAUCAGGUAGUAGCGGCUACGAGACAGGACACGGCGGGGAAUUACUUGGAUUGACCGGUUACGAUUCCUAUGGGGGUGGUGGAGGCGGCGAUCACGGAUUCUACGGAGAACACGUUCAACACCAGUACGCUCCAGCCGUUCCCGUAAGCGAGCACGUGGAAAUUACCAAACCCAUACCGAUACCUGUUGUCAAAAAUGUUGGAGUGCCGGUUGCUCAACCAGUGGCGAUAGGAGUCCCACAUCCGGUGGCUGUAGGUGUACCGCAGCCUUAUCCGGUUCACGUACCGGUUGCAAAGCCAGUCGCAAUUCCCGUGGUGAAGACCGUGGCGGUUCCAGUGGAGAAAAAGGUUCCGUAUCCCGUGGAGAAGGUGAUACCGGUCCCUGUAGAGAAACACGUGCCCAUACCGGUAGAAAAGCACAUACCAGUGCCUGUGGAAAAGCCGUACCCCAUUCACGUGCCGGUCUACAAGCACGUGUUCCAUCGGGUGAAGUCUUACGGUCACGGAUGGAGCCAUUAG